AUGCAAAGUAGGUUGAUCAUUUGGGAUGAGGCACCAAUGAUGCAUAAAUUUUGCUUUGAAGCUUUGGACCGAGCUAUGCGAGAUCUACUGCGUGUUCAAAAUUCAAGAAGUUUUGAAAUGACUUUUGGUGGGAAAACCGUUGUGUUAGGUGAAGACUUCAGACAAAUUUUACCAGUAAUUCCAAAGGGGACCAGGCAAGAUAUAGUGGGUGCAAGUAUAAAUUCAUCAUAUCUGUGGAGAAGCUGUAAAGUAUUUAGGCUUACAAAGAAUCUACGGCUUAGGGCAUUGCAAUCAGAGUCUGGAGUUCAAGAGAUUGAAGAAUUUACAAAGUGGAUUGCUAAUAUAGGUGACAGAACAAUUGGUGAUUCGUUGGAUGGUGAAUGUGAGAUCAACAUUCCAGAAAAAUUCUUACUCAAGUCGGUGGAGGAUCCUAUUUCUACAAUUGUUGAUAGCAUAUUCCAGGGGUUUCGUAAUGGAAUUCGAGAUGUCAAAUAUAUAAAAGACUGUGCAAUUUUGGCACCAACUUUGGACGUGGUAGAUAACAUCAAUGAAUACAUGAAUGAAUUUAAUACUGCCGAAGGAAUGACAUAUCUCAGCUGUGAUUCGGUGUGCAAAUCGGAUUCCAAUGUUGACAUGCUUGCGGAUUUACACACGCCGGAGUUUUUAAAUGGAUUACGAUGUUCUGGAGUGCCAAAUCACUCAUUGACUUUAAAAGUUGGAUCACCCAUUAUGCUCUUGAGAAAUAUUGAUCACUCAUUGGGGUUGUGCAAUGGUACAAGAAUGACCAUUUCAAAGUUGGCUACACAUGUUUUAGAAGCGCAAAUAUUGACCGGAACAACUGCUGGCGACUAUUGGGUUAAUACAAAAGAGAGAACAGACGAGCGACCAUUUUCACCAAAAGAUUAG